GUUUGUGUCUCUCACCACCAGUAUGGAUCCAGUGGGAGGAAUAUCUGCGAGCAUAUACGCCAACCGGCUGCGGGCAGAAGGGAUGGGCUCCGUGGAGCACGCCGUGCCCUUCUCCAACCAGGACUACGAGGCCCUGAAGCAGGAGUGCGUGGAGUCCGGCUGCCUGUUUGAGGACCACUAUUUCCCCGCUGAGCCCACAUCGCUGGGCUUCAAGGAGCUCGCCCCGCAUUCUGCCAAAACGAGCGAUGUGGAGUGGAUGAGACCAACGGAACUGACAGAUGACCCUCAGUUCAUUGUGGGCGGAGCCACCAGAACAGACAUCUGUCAGGGAGCGCUGGGCGACUGCUGGCUCUUGGCAGCCAUCGGCUCGCUCACCCUGAACGAGAGGCUUCUUCACCGGGUGGUCCCUCAUGGUCAGUCCUUCCAAGACGACUACGCGGGGAUCUUCCACUUUCAGUUCUGGCAGUUCGGCGAGUGGGUGGAUGUUGUGAUAGAUGACAGGCUGCCGGUCAAAGACGGCGAGCUCAUGUUCGUCCAUUCUGCUGAGGGCAAUGAGUUCUGGAGUGCUCUCCUGGAGAAAGCUUACGCUAAGCUGAACGGCUCCUACGAGGCCCUGUCAGGAGGAAGCACCACUGAAGGCUUUGAGGACUUCACAGGGGGCGUGUCGGAGAUGUACGAGCUCCGCAGCGCUCCCAGAGAUCUGCACCGGAUCAUUGCCAAAGCUCUGGACCGAGGCUCUCUGCUGGGCUGCUCCAUCGACAUCACCAGCGCCUUCGACAUGGAGGCUGUUACCUUCAAGAAGCUGGUGAAGGGACACGCCUACUCGGUCACCGGAUUAAAGGAGGUUGAUUACCGUGGAAACAUGGAGCGCCUUAUCAGAGUGCGUAACCCGUGGGGCCAGGUAGAGUGGACUGGAGCCUGGAGUGACAACUCCCCUGAAUGGGAUGAGAUCGACCCCUCUGAGCGAGAAGACCUGCAUCUGAAGAUGGAAGAUGGAGAGUUUUGGAUGUCCUUCAGGGAAUUCUUGAGGCAGUUUUCCCGGCUGGAGAUCUGUAACUUGACUCCUGACGCUCUGAGUGAGGAUGGCAUGAGCCACUGGAACACCAUCAAGUUCUACGGGACGUGGAGGAGAGGCAGCACGGCCGGCGGCUGCAGGAACCAUCCCAACACGUUCUGGAUCAACCCUCAGUAUAAGAUCACGUUGCUGGAGGAGGACGACGACCCGGAGGACGACGAGGUGGCGUGCAGUUUUUUGGUUGCUCUCAUGCAGAAGGACCGCCGCAGAUAUCGACGCCAAGGUCAGGACAUGCACACCAUCGGCUUUGCUGUGUACACGAUUCCAGAAGAGUUUAGGGGCUGCCAGAACGUCCACUUGAAGAAAGAUUUCUUUUUGAACCAUUCAUCGUGCGCCCGCUCUGAGACCUUCAUCAACCUGCGAGAGGUGAGCACGCGGCUCCGCCUCCCUCCCGGAGAAUACCUCAUCGUGCCCUCCACCUUUGAGCCGAGGCAAGAGGCCGACUUCGUCCUCCGGGUGUUCACAGAGAAGCAAUCAGAAACAGAAGAACUGGACGAUGAAAUCUCUGCAGAUUUAGAAAAUGAAGAUGAAAUAACAGAGGACGACAUCGAUGACUCUUUCAAGUCGAUGUUCGCUCAGCUGUCAGGAGAGGACAUGGAGAUUUCCAUCCGUGAGCUCAAGACCAUUCUGAACAGAGUCGUCACCCGCCACAAAGAUCUGAAGACUGACGGAUUCAGCACAGAAUCUUGUCGCACCAUGGUCAACCUGAUGGAUAAAGACGGGAGUGCUCGUUUAGGUCUGGUGGAGUUUCAGAUCCUCUGGAACAAGAUCAGAAAGUGGCUGGUCAUUUUUAGACAGUUUGACCUCGACAAGUCCGGAGCCAUGAGCUCAUAUGAGAUGCGUCUUGCCGUGGAGGCAGCAGGUUUUAAACUGAACAACAGACUGAACCAGGUUCUGGUCGCCCGGUAUUCAGAGAACGAGCUGAUCGACUUUGACAACUUCAUCUGCUGCCUGGUGAAGCUUGAAGCCAUGUUCAGGUCUUUCCAGCAGAUUGACAAGGAGGGAUCAGGAGUGGCUGAGAUGAACAUCACAGAGUGGCUUUACAUCACGAUGUGUGGAUGAAGAAGAGCACCUUCCCCCCGGGAGAAGCUCUUGGAAAACUGCUGAUAAAACCUGAAGACCCCCCCACAGCCUUAUAGAGCCGUUAAUCCUUUAACACAUCCCACCUCAGCGUACCUAGAGUAGCCAAACGUCGGUCUCACAGAGAGAAGCCAAGUGUCAGCCCCGCAAAAUGUUCUAAAACUAUGCAAACCUCCAGUAAGAAGCCGUCUCCCCUGAAGGACAGCAUGAGCCUGUGCAUGACGUGAAUCAUUAGCUGUGACUUCAUUUUAAUUUAGCUUUCUAUGUGAAUGUCUACUGCUUUACUAAUAAGAGUUUCACUGUUAAUCUUUUGAGGAACAACAAAACAUCGAAGGAGAAGUCUGAAGAUGUCUGUUACUGUAACGUCUGCUCUCAUGGUUCAGUUUAAAACCAAGGACCCGGUUGUUCAAAAAGGUUUAAUCCAGAUAAAGAUGAUCCUGAUUUGUUAAUCCACUUUAGGAUCACGUGAUCCAGCUUACUCUUAUCCCAGAUGAACCCGAUCCAGGUACAGACGUGAAAGGAAAGCGAGUGUUUUAAAGCAACAAUAUGAAAACUUUCCACCCUUAAAAUACUCGUUUCAAAAUCUGUUCCAAUAGAACAAUCAACUUCAAACAGGGAGAAUGGCGUCUCUGUCCACAGAGCGCCCCGGUCGCCUGCAUUCAGCACUAUAUAACUUUGGCUGCAGGCUGAGAUAAUCCAGUGAAAAAAAUGCCUUCAAAUAUCCGCUACCUUUUUUAAAAUGUUUUUUUAAUUUUGAGUUAUUUAAAAGUUUCCUUGCUGUGUGAUCCAGUCUGGAUCAGCCCUCUGAUGGGGUCAGGAUGCUCCUGGUCUGUUUGAAUCAGUUAUCACACUCCAAUGUCACAAACUGGAGGUUUUAUCCAGAUUUAAAAAACAGAUCUGAUCUUGUUAGUUUUUUUUUUUUUUUAGCUUUUUAACACCCUGGUUAAUAGAUUUCAUCCUAUUGGAUAACUUUUGAACAACCGAGCCUAUGAUUACGACGGAGUAUUAGGACAACAGUAAAAUAAUAUAUAUAUUCAAAAAUUCAGCACAUUUACAAGGUUAGAGUCCUUAAUUUACGAGUAAAUUUGUAAACUGAUUCAAAUAAUAAAUGGUUAAAAUAUUAUUCUGAAAGGUUGUAUGAGAAGAGCAGCUGCUGAGUGAUGAAAGGAGAUCCCUCAAAGACAUUUCCUCUGCCACAAAAGAGACAAUUUCCUCCAAUAAAGAGACAAUUACCGGUAAAGUUAAAUCAAAUUCCCCUUAAUGUGGCCCUAAUACUCCUUCAUGAUCGCCUCAGUGUUUGUAUUUCCAGCACCACUAGGUGGCAGUACAGACUAGUUUGAAUGAUGGCAUGUGUUCAUAUGUUCUGAUCUUUUGUUCUUAUAUAUCACACUAAUCAUCUUUUGUUCGAGCAGCAGCUAAACGUUUAGUUUGUUAUUUUUGCACUGAGAUUGUAGUUUGAGACGUCGCCUCACAUUAGAGAUCAGUACACCGUCUGUGUUAUCUCACUGCAGGGAGACGACAUGACACUGAAUGCCUUAGAACAUGAAACCAUGUGAUGGAAUAGUUUCUGAAAAUAUGCCAGUCAUGUGUUCAGUGUUGUGUGAAUGUAUGUUUGUGCCUUUUAAUAAACAUCUCCCUCGUU